AUGUUCUCCAACGAAAAGUCAGGGGCACUGCCCCCAGUCCCCUCCAACCUCAACAUCUGGCAUACUCUCGACUUGCAGGACGAGCCCCAGAGCAGAUCAGUACCCCAACUCCGGCCCUAUACAGCCCCCAGCGUCACUCCUUAUCUCGGACUUCGAGCAAGGCUCUCACAGCUCUGGUUCAACCGCUGGACCGUCCUCCUCAUACUCGUCCUGGUCCGCGUGCUUCUCGUGACCGACAACCUCAACGGCAACAUCGGCGACGCAAAGGUCAAGGCCCUUUCAGCAUGCACCAAGGUCGAGGAUAUCGGCAGCGCCAUGGCUUCCAUGCCGCACUACCUCUCGGUCGGCGUCAACUCGCUCGCGUCGGAUGGAAUCACCAAGACGGUCGCGGGCAUGGUCCACAUGCUCAUGAUGAUUCUGACGGGAGUCGAGAACCUCAUCUUCUUCAUCAUUAACAUGUAUGUCGGGACAUUUGUCUGCCUGGCCGUGGCGCUGAUCCACGGCGGCUUGGACGUCGCUGUCAAAGUCGUCGAGGGCGCCACCAAAGUCAUGAACGAUGCCAUCAGCACCAUCUCCGGCCAGAUGACCGACACCAUCGAGGAUGUCCAGAACGCCAUCAACGACAUUCCCAAUAAGGUGACCAGCCUUAUCGGUCUCGGUGUCGACCUCCCCAAGAUCGACAUCAGCAAGAACCUGGACGACCUCAAGAACAUCAAGAUCGACAGCAAUGACCUGGUCAAGGACCUGGUAUCCCUCAACACGACAAUCCCGACGUUCGACCAGGUCGAGAACUUUACCAAGAACGCUAUCGGCAUUCCCUUCGGCUUCGUCAAGGAGCAGGUCAAUGCGAGCUUCGGGUCGUACAAGUUUGAGGACUCGGUGUUCCCGGUGGCCAAGAAGCAGGCGCUCUCGUUCUGCUCCCAAAACUCGUUCCUCAACGACUUUUUCCAAACGCUCUUCGACAUCGUCGCCAAGGCCAAGAUCGCCUUCACCGUCGUCAUCCCCAUCCUGGCACUCGUGGCCAUCAUUGUCAUCGGCUGGCUCGAGAUCCGGCGGUUCCGCAGCGAGAAGACGCGUGCUGUCGAAUUUACCAAACGCGGUUACGAUCCCAUGGAUGUCGUCUACCUCUCCUCGCGGCCCACGACGAGCCGGGUCGGGGUGUGGCUGUCGGAGAGAUGGCAAGUUACGGAGAGGACGAGGAUAUUCCUCCGGUGGAUGAUCGCGUACGGAACAUCGCGGCCUGCGCUGUUUGUCCUGUCUCUUGCCAUUGCCGGCUUAUUCUCGUGCGUCUGUCAGCUCAUCAUCCUGUCAUCCAUCAAGAAGGAGGCGCCCGCUCUGGCCAGCCAGGUUGGUGACUUUGCCGGAGACGUGGUUGACACCCUGCAGGCAGUGUCUACGAACUGGGCCAACGACGCCAACGGCGUCAUCGUUAAGCUGCAGGACGACAUGAAUAGCGACCUGUUUGGCUGGGUCAGCAACGCCACGACAGCCGUCAACAACACGCUCAACACGUUUGACGCCGAAAUCGACAAGGCCCUCACGGCCGUCUUCAAGGACACCAUCCUGAUGAACACGGCGCGCAAUCUCGUCGGGUGCCUCAUCACGCGCAAGAUCGACGCGGUGCAAAAGGGCCUGACGUGGGUGCACGACAACGCGCACGUCACGCUGCCGCAAUUCUCCAACGACAUCUUCGCCAAGGGCGCGAAUGAUAGUGUCAACGGCGACAGCGACCUCACCAGCUUUCUGGCGUCCCCCUCAAGCGUCACCACCGACGAGAUUACGUCGGCCGUCAACAGCGUCAUCAGCAAGCUUGAGCACGGCAUCAUCCAGGAGGCGCUCAUCUCGACCGCCCUGCUGCUCGUCUACGUCAUCGUUGUCCUCAUCGGCGUCGUCUGGGCCCUGGUGUCGGCCGCGCAGAGCGACAAAACGCGGGCCGAGGGCGGCGAGGGGUACGGCAUGAAGGAUGUUCCGACUCGCGUCCUUGGAAGUAGGAGCAGCCACGGCAGUGGCGCCGGCACCCUCCGUGGCGACGACUACUCGAGCUAUGGUCAGGACGUUGCGGUCGUGUACGCGGGCAGUGUAAGGAAGGGGCGGCCGAGCCCUGCGAGGUGGCCGUCGCACGCCAGGAAAAGCAGCCAUCCUGAGGUGGACCAAGACUCGGACCGCUAG